GAAUGGAGGGUGGGACUUAAUUGAAACUGCGCCUAGCUCUCUGAUAGGUGCACGGCUGACAUAUUGGCUUAUCUGCUUGGAAAUUAACGAGUGAAUUUAUAGAAACCCGAUUUUAUUAGACAUAUUUCUUGAACGUAAAUCUAUCGUAAUAGACGGGUAGGGAGUUCUUCUGUCUAGCCAAGUGAGUAAACGUAUUAAAUAUGUUAGAUUAUACAUUAUUAUAUACCGUAUUAUGAUUAUGGUUAUUGUUAUUAUAGUAGGUAAAAAGUUCAAUUAUCAUUUUAAAAAAACAGAAAACAAGAAAUCCCCAAUCCUUGAUAAUUAAUUUUGACAUAUUCAAAUUCUGCUUUUGCGAUAUCACGAAAUGAUAAUCCCCCCCCCCCUCUCAAUACUAAACAUACUUUGGCCUAGUUAAUUUAAGGAACAGGGCUGGCCUUAUUUUGCCUUUCACUAUUUACUAAAUCAUCGUUCAGAUUUUGUAUAUAUUUCUAAUGAGUUUAAGUUCAUUUGUUAUUUAAGUUGAUUAACUCACCAAAGCCAAAAUAUUAGGCCCAUACUGUUUAAUUCAGCGCCUAAAAUCAGCUAUUUGAAAUCAAAUGUUUUAAAUUAAAAGUUUGGGCUAAUGAUGUUGGUACAUUUAUCUCUUAGUUUGUGAUUUUCUUUGUGAUUGUGUGCUUUAGUCUUAGUGAGUUUCCUAAAAAAAAAUUAACCUGCUAUAUCUCGUAGAAUAACCAAUGGCAAGUAAUUGAUAAUAAUAAUAAUAACAAAGUGGCUAUUCGGACCCGAAAAGGAGUGAGAGGUCGGGUUUAUUAAAGACAUAUUAUUUAAAAUAUUAUUUUUGGGUUUGUAAGACAAAAUUUGAUAUCAAAUGAAAGAUAAUUGAAUGAACUACAUGUUUGUAAACUUAAUUCUUUAGUUUAACUAAAAUAAUCAUCCAAAAAUGACAAUUUAAUAGCCAUUUAUUUCAUAAAGGACCCGGGUCCGAAUAGAUUAAAAAUAAUUAUACAAAUAUUACUUCUACUACUAUCACAAUAAACAUUAAUAAUUAUACAAAUACUACUUCUACUACAACCACUAUCACAAAAAACCAUUAAUUAAUAAUUGUAAAUUUAAAUAAGUGGGUAAACCCGAGUCCGAGUCAUUACUAUAAUAAUUGUUCCACUUCUUUGAAAUUUGAUAUGAUGAUGUAUUUACACAACUUAUUUCUAAAGUUUCCCGCCGAACUAACAUGGAUUUUCCUUUCUGUUAUUUGAGAUUUAUAAAAUUUAUAUUAAAAUUAAAAACAUGUUCUGUUAAAUCCUAAUUAUCAUUGGUUUUCAGAAAUGGGGUCAAGAUGGCGCGACAUGUUAAUUGGCUAUGGUCAAGUUUUGGGAGAUAAGUCCAGCAGGUCAGGCAGUAGUGCCUUCUUCACAGUGGACGGUGACCUCACGGACAAGAGAAAUGAGGACCUGGAGCUAAGACAGACACUAGAAGUGGUCAGUAACAAUUUCGUAUAG